AUGGAUGCAGCCGCAGUUGACAACUAUGGAAUGCUCACCGAGGCAGCAGCAUCAAGCAACAGACGCAACCUCCAAAUUGCAAAUAUGUUGCAUACAAUUGCCAAAGACAUUUUUGUGCAUACAGUCUUUUCGUAUGCAAUAAAAUCAGUCUUCGGCGCUGAAGAAAUUUUAAAGCACCAAUGGGCAAAUAGAAGGCUCAGCCAACAGAACGAAGAAAAUCUCGUCAAGCUCAAGCCUGGUUAUGCCGCGUAUAUCAAAAUCCGAAAUACGCGGUAUGAUAUUGCAAUUGCCGAGGUCAAGCCUACGAGCAACCGGUCUAGCAAGCUUCCUUCUAACCUCGUCAAAUUGGGCCAGCAGAUGAAAAUCAUGGUGAACAAUUUGGUGAAUGAUCAUGUUCCUGUUCCUGUAGUUUGUGGAAUUCUGGUAGAGGAUACAUAA